AUGACUUUUGGAGAAGCUCUACAACAAAUGCCGCUCUACUCUAAAUUUCUGAAGGAUAUGUUGACAAGGAAGAACAAAUACAUUCACAGUGAGAAUAUAGUAGUGGAGGGUAACUGCAGUGCAGUCAUUCAGAAGAUCCUUCCACCAAAACAUAAAGACCCUAGGAGUGUGACCAUUCCUUGUUCAAUUGGUGAAGUCUCGGUGGGAAAAGCUCUCAUUGACUUGGAAGCCAAUAUCAACUUGAUGCCACUCUCCAUGUGUAGAAGGUUGGGGGAGUUGGAAAUAAUGCCUACAAGAAUGACUUUACAGCUAGAUGAUUGCUCUAUAACCAGACCCCACGGUGUUAUUGAAGAUGUUUUGAUUCGAGUCAAACAUUUCAAUUUCCCAGCUGAUUUUGUAGUGAUGUACAUAGAUGAGGAUCUUGAAAUUCCCAUAAUUUUGGGAUGCCCUUUCAUGUCCAGUGCAAGUUGUGUAGUAGACCUGGGAAAGAAAAAGUAG